GGGCUGCCACAGCAUGGGCUCGGGGAGUACGCUGAAGUUUGCCCUGUGCGAAGUGCUGCAGUUCGCAGGCCUCUGCGUGCCGCUCUUCAUCGUCAUGCAGAGGUUUGCCCUCAUCGUGGCGCAAGUCAAGAGCGCGGCGCGGCCGCCCGGCGACGCCAACACUGCUUAUUGGCUCAUUGUGGCCUCCUCUAUUGCUUAUGUCACUUCCAUGGCCCUGCUGGUCUGGGUGCCACUGAAAUACAUGGUGUUCGCGAAGAAGAAGUUUCUUGUCGGGAGGAAGAAGUGGAGGCCGGUAGCCCUGGUCUAUGUGAUCCUCUCUACAUUACCCUGCUUUGCCUUUCUCAUCGCCAGCUCAGAGGUGCAGAUUGAUAACGGCAUGAGACAGGACACGUUCGCAGAGCUGCCUGUUUCACUGGUGCUUUUCUCCCUAGUCUGCAUUGACAUUGUGGAGAGGAUACGCCACUGUCGACUUACUGGGCAUGCCAACGAAUCGGACCGAGAUGCUGAGAUCCCUUCCGCUGUCCUCACGAAUGUGGAACAGCUACGUGGGACGCCAGUGACACCAGCAACCCCAGCAAACCCUGGCUCACCCGUUACGCCAGCUGUGCCUGGACAAUCUGCCCACCCGGGGCAGCCCAGUCGUCAGAAUGGGCAGGACCAGAACUUGAACGGGCCAAGCUCUAGGUCAGAGGCCAACGGGAUGCUCCAGGGAAUGUCAGGGAUGCCAGAGGGGAUGCCAAGUAACCAGAUACCAGGGAGACAGUUUAGCAUCUCAGGCCUCAGCUCGCUUUCGGCUCGCUCAGCCAGCACGUCGGUGGAUCAGCGCGUCUCUCCAUACGUCUACACGGGGCCUUUGCGCUUCCUGUGUGCCAGCGACGCUCGAGCCGAGGUGUUUGUGGACAGUUUUCUGUUCUGGAUGGACACGGUCGAGAUGGUCAGGGUGGCGGGGCACCCGGCCGUCUACUAUUCGGGCUGGGUGUUCCCAAUCUAUAUCUUCAGCUACCUUUCGUGCCUGCGGCUUGUUGUCAUGCCUCACAGUCCCCUGCUGUCGUCACUGGGCGUGGCCUUGCAGGACCUGCCGUUCCUGUUCGUGCGUAUUGGCCUCAUCGCCUUCUUCGGGUUUGUAACGCCCCUUCUCUACCUGAUGAAGAACCUGCUCGUCUGCCUGGCUUUUAUUUACUUCAAUUUCAUGACCAAGCUGAGGGUCUUCAACACAGAGAGGAUGUUCUGAUCCGAGUAGCUGGCCACAGAUGAGACAAAACAUGUAUAGUACUAGGGGACUUUACAAAAGAGGCAGAGACAUUUGCAAGAGAAGAGAAACCGGCAAACACACCAAUGAGGAUUGGCUGUUAUGGUGAACAUAAUUCUGAUGAAGGAAAGUACACUACGAUUGUGUGGUGCUUUUUGCAGGCUAAAAGGGAACUCUGUGGCAAUGUGUUCCCGUAAUAGGGAUGGAGGACUUCCACUGUGAGAGGACUAUGUGUUGUCUCAGUGUCUUCUUAUUUCCUUCUUGUUCCAACUUGUUCUUUUUUUAGCCCCCCCUCCUCUUCCCCAACUCCCCACGCCCUAAACCUGGACCAUGGCACUUUGAGAAUGUAAAGAAUCUUUACAUAUGUCACUUUUUACAGAUUUUAUAACAGAAUAUAUUGUAUGAUUUUUCUAUUCUAUUACCAAAAAGUGCAGUGAAUGUGUAAGAUUAUACUGUACUUCAUUGUUACAUAUCACAUAUUUUCUUUUCCUUGCUAGGCUAUGAUUCAUAUUCACAAAAUGAAAACAAAGUGUGAGUUUGUACAAAUGCUAAUAUUCCUUGGGGUAAAAAUGAAUAAAGAAAAAGAGGGAAAGAAAUAUGUUUUAAGAGAUGAUUUCAAGUGAGCAUGGACAUGUAUGUUGUGUUCGUGUAAAAAAAGAUGUAUGUUGUGUUCGUGUGAAUAUAUGUAAACUGUUUACAUUUUUACUGCAUCCAAAUUUGUUUCUUCAGAUCCCUCUCCCAUCCUCGUUCAGCCUGUGAUGGUGUUGUAUGGCUGGGUUG